UUUAUGUUUAUGAAGUCCAGCCCACCCACAGCUCAUCAAUCAGCCGCGUGACUGUGCCAUGCUCGACGCAGAAGUUGCGGCUUUCCAGCGCAUCCUGGAUCGCAACCGCUGGACGCCUGAGCUGGCAGGUAUCCUCCCGCUGUCGGCGCUUAUCGACUUCGUCGAGAUCCCGCCGAAGCUUCACGCGUUCCAGCUCGUCGGCGCGGCGCCGCUAUGGAGCUGGCCCAUCACACCGGCCGGCAGCCGGCUGCUGCUGUCCGAGGAUGAGGCCCUGCAACAGAGAUGCUUCCUGGACCAUCACGGCAACAGCAUCGCCCUCCACGGCCUGGACGGCCUGUACGGGGCCGCCUACGUCGUGGCCAACCCCGAGACCCUCCGCCUGUGCCUCCGCGCCUCUCCACCACGCACCAUUGCGAACCCGCACGCCAACAUGCAGGGCGACAGCCUGCGGGUCCAGAGGCUCGACGUCGUGCACAUCUCGCGGCUGCCGUCUGCGCUGCCCGCACCGUCCUCGUCCUGGCUGCGCUUUGUCCUGCUAGAGCACUGGCGCAUGUACUCAGCCCGCUAUCUGGCCACCGCUGCCAUCGGCUGGGUGGUCCUGCUGGGCACGAUCGUUAUGAGCGCCAUCCUCCGCACGUACAUCGCCCUCGCCUUCCUGCUCACCAUCCCAGCGACCGGCGCGGUCCUUUUUGCCCUCUAUGGGAGCAGCCCCCGCCGCCUGCUCGUCACCGAUCCCACCACCUUCGAGCGGCACAACCGACUGGUCUUGGUCGCGGAGCACAUGAACGCGACCCACUGGACCGCCUUCUAUGGCGAAAGCACCAUUCUCAAUUCUCUCAUUAACCGCCCACUCGAGCCGGCGGGGCCGGGCAUCGCACCCGCAGCCCGGCCCGUCCUCCGAGCCUGCCUCCGCGUGCUGAUUCUGGGCCAGUGGGCCAUGGCGCUGGCCGCGGCCGCAACUAAGGACUGGAACUCGUACUUCAUCUGCUUCUGGAUCGCCCUUUGUAUCUUCCUCCACGCGUACGUGAUUACUACGGACAGGAGUGCCGAAGACUGGAUGAAGUCGUGUAUCGGACUCCGCAUGCAGCGCUACCGUACUAAUCUGAGCUCGCGGCGGACGCUGCUUAAUACUGUCAUGGCCCUUAACCCGGCCACCUUUCCUCUGGACUUGAAGACGGGCGAGAACGACCUGUCUUGCUUCCGUACGGGCGCUCUGAAGUGGAUCAACCCAAUCCUGGAGCCCGGUGCGGGCCGUACGAGGUGGGAGGAGGCGUCUCUGAAAGCCAUGAGGGAGGCGCGGGAGCAGAGCCCCAAGGUUGCGUUUCCGACUGACGACUGGAGGAGAGAGUAUGGGAAAGACUAUUGGAGUCUAUUUGUCUUGGAGGGCAUCGAGAUGGCGGCAAGAAUUAGAUUAGAAGCCAACCUACCUGGCGAGAUCAUCUACUAGCCCGUAAUCCAGCUGCGUCUCUAUAAUUGACUGCAUCGUGAUGAAUGCUAUUAGCGAACUAAUGUGCCAAGUUUGUGGGCAAUUUUGAGAUAUCGGUUAUUAUUGGG